CAGCUUAUUGUUAGUCCUGCGCGUUGGCCGUUGUGUGUGCGAAAAGUAAAAGUGAAAAUCAGGCCCUUGAAAUUUCGUAAAAUUAUUAUCAUUAAUUAUGCAUGAUUAAUAAAAAAAUAAUUUGUGCGCGCGUGUCUUUUGUUUGUUUUGAAUAACGGUUUUGCGGUUUCUGCGUCGUUCGCGCGCAAAUUUGUCCCAAUUUCUUUGCUUUGCUAUUUCUGGUGUUCGGUAAUCCAUAAUUACGAUUAUAUGUGUGUAUAUAACUACACAGCAUAACACAGACACACACACAUAGAGACAGAAAGCCAACGUCCAAGACGCCCCCACAUUGCCCUUGAGUUGUGGCGUAGUGCGAAGCAUUCGAUUUUUCACAACAAGACGUGAAAAACGUGAAAUAAAACACGCUCACACGAAUAAAGUUUGCGCAGCUCUCGCACGCUUUCACUAACAAGGAAAGAAACGAGAAGAAAAAAAAAAUACUAAAUAUAUACAUAUAAUAAAAUUAUAUAUAUAGUAUCGCAGACAAGUGGUAGGCGUGGAAAAUGGAUGUGCUCAAUCAAAUACUCAACAUUAAUGCUGGUGGCGCCUAUGGCGGUGGCAAGGCGGGUGGCGCCUUCGAUCCGCUAACAUUUGCCAUGAAACCUCAAGUUGUCAUACGGGCCCUAUGCUGGCUUUUUUCGAUUGUGGUCUUUGGCUGUAUAUCGUCCGAGGGCUGGGUCGAAAAGGAUGGAAAGGAGAUGUGUCUAUAUAAUAAUGAUGGCAUGGCCUGUAAAUAUGGCAAUACCAUUGGCAUUUUGGGCUUUCUUGCCUCCAUGUAUUUCAUUGGCGGUGAGUUCAUGUUUGAGCGCAUGUCAUCGGUGAAGAGCAGAAAACGUUACGUAAUGGCCGACAUGGGAUUCUCAGCUGCCUGGGCAUUUUUAUACUUUAUCGCAUUCUUCUAUUUGUGGUCCCAGUGGAGCUCAGCACCCAUGCCCCCACUUGGAAUUGGCGCCGGCAGCAUGCAGACGGCCAUUGUGUUCUGCUUCUUUAGCAUCUUUAGCUGGGCUCUGUGUGCUUUUAUGGCCUAUAAGCGUUUUCUGAUUGGCGCCGGCGAUGAGUUCACUUCGGCCUUUGAGACUGAUCCGGCCAAUGUGGUGCACCAGCAGGCAUAUAGCUACAAUAUGGACAACGAUAACGAACAAUACAGCGCCUCGCCAUUUGGUCAGCCACAGCAGGGUGGCAUGGAACAGUCUUCGGGCAUGGAGUAUCAGCAACCCACCUACUAAGCGUAUCACUUAGCAAGUUGUGCUCCUUUUCCACAUUUUUUGGUAGUGCAAAAAUGGCAAAUACAAUUUUUACACCAACUGCAACUAUAUUACACAAGUUGGCUUAACUUAAUACACCGAUGUCAAGCAUAUACGAACAACAACAAGAACAACAGCAACAAGAACAACAACAAUGCCAUUGCAUUUUACUACAGCAAGGAUAAAACCAUAAGCAGCAAGCAGAUCUGCUCAGUUGAAAGCCCUAAUUCUUAUACAGAAUAAUAUUAAUGAUAAUAAUUUAUAAGCUAGUUCCCUAAGUUAUGUGUGUGCAGUUUUUGUAGUAAAACUUUGUUGCAAUAUAUAUAAAUAUAAUAUAUAUACAUAUUAUA